AUGACCGCGACAACCGAGCUUCAUCCUAACUCUUCAUCUUCGCCCGCUGGGAAUGAGCCCUCCGUGGCCUUUACCCUAACGCAUGGCGAGAUUACUGCCUCGCUGUCUGUCAGUAGUGCGGUGGCUACCACGCUGCAGCCCUACCGCGCCAGCUGGCUGGCCGACGACACUAUCUCUCCUCUCAGUCUAAUGCUGUCCUUCCUGGGCCAUUUGACCCGUCAAAGGGCCCCUGCUUCAGCAGUCCAGACAGCUAUCAGGGCCUUUGAGUCUCAGUAUCUGUCUGGCAACGACAUUCACACGGCUGUCACCAUCCUGCCCGACGCUCUUGCCUAUACCGGCCAGCCAAUAUCCAAAUCACCCAGUGCCUUGUUCAAGUCCGCCCAGACAGGCACCUCCCGCAUCACAACCAUCUUUGGCGGCCAAGGAACGGCCAAUCCAUCGUGCGUGCGCGAGUUGCGGUCUCUGUACACCACCUACCGCCCCAUACUCAUCCAGCUCAUACAAGAGUGUGGCCCUGUCCUGUCUUCUCUAUCCCAGCGCCCGGACACACAGUCCUACUUUCGCGGUCGUUCUAUUGACUUGGACACCUGGCUAGCCGGUGCAAUAACCCUCAAUGAGGACUAUGUCAGCGCCGCGCCUGUCAGCCUGCCCAUUCUAGGACUGUUCGAUCUCGCCCACUACUGCAUCAUCUGCAAUGUUCUGGGUCAGACCCCGGGACAAGUGGCCAACUCGAUGCAUUCCAUCUCUGGCCAUUCUCAGGGCAUCGUUGUCGCCGCUGCUGUAGCUCGUGCUGACUCAUGGGCCUCGUUCUACGACAACGCCCGGCUAGCUGUGGAGCUGUUGUUCUGGAUUGGCUUUGAGAGUCACCAGGAUACGCCUCAGUUGUUCAUCGCGCCUGAGCUUAUUGAGCAGACCAAAGAGCAAGGGCAUGGAGUCCCCUCGCCAAUGCUUUCCGUUCGAGGACUGGAGCGGCCAGCACUGGAAAAGCUUCUCACUCAAUGCAAUCAGGUGCUCCCUGGGUCGCGCCAGCUGCAUAUUGCCCUCAUCAACGCUCGCACCAACCACAUUGUCGCAGGUCCCGCAGCGUCGCUGUGCGGUCUCAGCCACAUCCUGGCCGAGCUGCAAGCCGCUGGGGAAAAGGAUCAGACUCGCAUCCCGUUCAGCCAACGCAAGCCUGUGGUCACGCACUCGUUCCUCCCCAUCAGCACUCCCUUCCAUACUCCCUACCUACAGACGGCCUCCCAGCGCAUCAAGGAGCGACUGGCCGAUCGAGCGUUUUCCGCAAACGAACUGCAGGUACCUGUUUUGCACACCGCUACGGGCGAGGAUGUCCGAGUCAACCCUCACUCCAAUGUUAUUGAAGCCCUCGUGGGUGCCAUCACCACCGAGCCGGUCGACUUCCCCCGUCUGUUGGCCGACGCAACCACCACCCAUUUUCUCAUUCUCGGAGCCGGUCGUCUCAGCGAGCUAGUCAAGCAGAUCAGACAGGGUUAUGGCCAACAGAUAAUCGCUGCCAGCGAGCUUAAGCCUUCCAGUGCCGACAUCGGUAGCCAGGCAGACCUCUUUGCAUCCACCCUCCGCCCGGCUCCUUCAUCUUGGGCGGACACUUAUCAACCCCGCCUGGUGCAAACAGCCAAUGGCCGGUUGAUCCUCGACACAAAGCUCAGUCGUCUGCUGCAAGUACCACCGAUCAUAACCGCCGGUAUGACGCCCACUACUGUGCCCUGGGACUUCGUGGCUGCUGUCAUUAAUGCCGGCUACUUUAUUGAGUUGGCCGGCGGAGGCUACCACACCGAAGACGAGAUGCGCGUCGCCAUCGAGAAGAUCGCUGCCGCCAUUCCCCCCGGUCGCGGCAUCACCUGCAACCUCAUCUAUGUCAAUCCCAAGGCGAUCGCUUGGCAGACACGGCUGAUCCGCAAGCUCAUCCGCCAGGGCGUGCCCAUUGACGGGCUUACCAUUGGUGCCGGUGUGCCAUCGCUCGAAGUUGCCCGCGAAUACAUCGACGACCUUGGCAUUAAGCACAUCUCCUUCAAACCUGGAUCAAUUGAUGCCAUCAAUGCUGUGCUACAGAUUGCUGAUGAUAGACCAAACUUCCCCAUCGGGCUCCAGUGGACAGGAGGCCGGGGAGGCGGCCAUCACUCCUAUGAGGACUUUCACGCGCCCAUCUUUGCUACCUAUGCAGAAAUUCGCAAGCGUGAUAACAUCUGUCUUGUCGCAGGCAGUGGCUUUGGUGCUGGAGACGAUACCUACCCUUACCUGACCGGCCAGUGGUCAGUUGCUCGGGGGUAUCCCGCCAUGCCCUUUGACGGAAUUCUGCUGGGCAGCCGCAUGAUGCUCUGUCGCGAAGCCCACACCAGUCCAGCAGUGAAGCAGCUGCUCGCCACCACACCUGGUGUUCCUGAUGGCGAGUGGGAAAAGAGUUACAAGGGCAGCGCAGGCGGCAUCAUUACAGUUCGGUCGGAGAUGGGCCAGCCUAUCCACAAGGUCGCUACACGAGGGGUCCGGCUGUGGGCCGACUUUGAUCAGACGCUGUUCCGCCACCCUCGUCCCAAGAUGGUCGAGGAGCUGGCCAAACGCAAGACGGAGAUCAUUGCCCGUCUGAACAAGGACUAUGCCAAACCCUGGUUUGGUCAGGAUGCCCGUGGACAGCCGAUUGACCUGGGAGACAUGACUUAUGCCGGGGUACUGAGCCGCAUGGUCGAGCUGAUGUACGUGGCUCAUCAGCAGCGCUGGAUUCAUCCGUCGUACAAGCGCUUGGUGUCAGAUGUGGCGGUUCGCACCCUCGAACGAGUUGCUCCCUCUGUGGAACUGGACUUAGGACUGCUGGAUGUACCAGCCAGCUUCCUGCAGGUGCUGACCGAGAAGUGUCCGGCAGCAGCCACACAACGCCUGCAUCCCGACGAUGCGGCUUUCUUUCUGCGACGCUUCCAGGCGCGUGGGCAGAAGCCUGUCAACUUCAUUCCUGCUUUGGACGAGAACUUCGAAACCUGGUUCAAGAAGGAUUCGCUGUGGCAGUCAGAGGACCUUGAGGCUGUCAUAGGCCAGGACCCCGAGCGCGUGUGCAUUCUGCAUGGCCCUGUCGCCGUUCGCCAUGCCACCAGCAAAGACGAAUCAGCCCAGGAGAUUCUCGACGGCAUCGCGACCUUUCACACCCACGCGGCUCUGCAGGAGUUUUACCAUGGUGAUCUCCAGCGAGUGCCUAAAGUUGCCGGUCCAGCUGUCGCUGAUACCCAUACUCAACCCGAAACUUCGUUUGAAGUGAGCUCGCUGGAUCUGGUGACAGCCGAACCUUUUGGCUGGGUACAUGACCUCCUCGAGACACCUACGAUCAUCCGUGCUGGUAUCCGCAAAAAGAACGCGUUCCGCAGCAUCCUGGCCGUAAAGCCAGGUCAGAAGUUGAUUGUCAAGCCCUCGGAGCAGCGCAUUGUGCUCUGUGAGAGGAGCACGGAGCAGCCAGUAAUCAGCAUCCGCUGUGACACCACCAGGACCAUCUUUGUAGACCUUCAUCAGCCCAGCAGCUUUACCGCUGCCCCUGCAGUACUCUCGCUCCAGUACAAGGCUCGUUCCUCCGGAUUGUCUCCAGCACUGGAGGAGCUUGUUGACGGACGCAAUGACCGCAUCAAAACCUUCUACCGCAACCUUUGGCUGGGAGAAUCGGCAGGUUCUACUAAGGAUAGCCACUCUACCUUCCAUGGACCUGAGAUAACCCUCACUCACGACCUGCUCGAGGACAUGUACCAGACAUUGGGUCUCUCGCCGACGGGAAUCCGACCGACAUCUCUUCCCAUGGACAUCGCUAUUGUGAUCGCCUGGGAACCGCUAGUCGAGCCACUUGUCUGCGCGGGAGUUGAAGGGGAUCUUCUGCGUCUCGUGCACCGCUCCAACGACAUCGAGUAUGUGCCCUCCGCGACACCUUUCCAGGUCGGAGAUAUCCUGCGCUCGAGUAGUCAGAUCCAGUCCAUCACCAUUGAGCCGACGGGCAAGUCGAUCGUUGUGAAGGCCACCAUUGAGAGGGCCGGUGAGCCCAUCGCCUUCGUCACUUCCUCCUUCUUCAUGCGCGGCACUUACACCGACUAUGCCUCCUGCUUUGAGCGCAUCACCGAGCCUGAGACCUUGCUCGAAGUCUCAACUCCCGUAGAUGAGGAGCUGCUCCGAUCCCGACCGUGGCUUCAGCUGAAUGAACCCGCGACCCCGAUCGUCGGCAAGACGCUUUGCUUCCGACUAGAGACGUCCAUCAAUUGGAAGGAUCAAACAACCUUCCAGACACUUCAAACCAGUGGCACAGUCUCCCUCCGCUCCUGGAAUGGCAAGCAAACGCCCAUCGGUCGGGUAUCCUUCGAAGCUCGCGACGGCAAGGCCAACCCGGUGUCGGACUUCCUACGUCGACGUGGUCAGCCACUGGUCGCUCGGAAGCCACUCGAGGUAACUCAAGAUCUGAACCAGACCUCUGAGGGCGUACAGAUCCCCGCAUCCAAUGCGGGCUACAGCACCUUCUCCAAGGAUUUCAAUCCCAUCCACAUCUCGUCCGAAUUUGCCCAGUAUGUCGAGUUGCCUGGUACUAUUACUCAUGGCAUGUACACUUCGGCUGUGGUGCGUGCAGUAGCGGAGCGCUGUGCGGCGCAGGGUGAUUUGACACGUUUCCGAAGCUGGGCCUGCUCCUUUGUCGGCAUGGUGCUGCCCAGUGAUCGGCUUGAUGUGCGCGUGCAGCACGUCGCCAUGAUUGAGGGACGGCUACUGUUGAAUGUGACAGCCGUCAAGGCUGGUACGGAUGAAGCAGUCAUUCAGGCUGAGGCUGAGGUGGAUCAGCCCUCGACGGUGUAUGUCUUUACCGGACAGGGCAGCCAGUCACCAGGUAUGGGGAUGGGUCUGUACAAGUCCAGUGCGGCUGCUCGGGCCAUUUGGGACGCAGCAGACAAGUUCUUUGUCGAGACUUACGGAUGGUCGGUUCUUGAGCUCGUCCGCCAGAAUCCAACCGCUUUGACGGUGCACUUCCGGGGCAAACGCGGACGCCAGAUCAAGGCCAAUUACAUGGCCAUGACCAUCGAUUCGUACAGGGCCGAUGGAAGUGUGGUAAAGGAGCCUAUUCUUCCGGAACUCACGCCGAAGUCCACUUCCUACACAUUCGCAGAUCCGCGGGGAUUGGUGUUCUCGACGCAGUUCGCGCAGCCUCUAGUCUUGUUAUUGGAACGUGCGGCGGUCGAGGAUCUCCGGCAGCGGGGAGUUGUUCAGCAGGAUGCAGCGUUUGCAGGACACUCCCUGGGCGAAUAUGGUGCAUUGGCGUCCUUUGGCGAAUUUAUGCCUUUCACGGAUCUGCUGCGAGUGGUCUUCUAUCGGGGUUUGGCCAUGCAGGUGGCCAUUGAGCGCGAUGACCAGGGACGGACCAACUUCUCCAUGGCGGCGGUAAACCCGGCUCGUGUAGGCAAGUUCUUCACGGAGAAGGCUUUGAGGCAGAUUGUGUCGCAGAUCGCCACGACAACGCACGCCCUACUCGAGAUUGUCAACUUCAAUGUCGACGGAGAGCAGUAUGUGUGUGCUGGAACGCUCGAGAACCUUCAUGCCCUGGCCGCCAUUACUGACACCAUUGCGCGAUCCCCUAUUGGGGCUGCCCUUGCCCGCGAAUUCACCGAUGCUACUACGGUCGGUAACGCAGACCUUGCAUCGACGAAGCUGGUAGAGCAAUGCAUUGCUGAAGCCCGCCAACUCCCAGCACCAGUGACCUUGAAGCGCAGCCUUGCUACCAUACCCCUGCAGGGCAUUGAUGUGCCCUUUCACUCGGCGCAUCUGCGGCCGGGAGUGGCCUCGUAUCGCAACUUCUUGGAGGAACGUAUUCCCAAGACUGAAGUUGAUCCGCAGAAGCUGGUGGGCAAGUGGAUUCCCAAUGUUAUGGGGACGCCGUUCUCGCUGAGUCUAGAGUAUGUCGAGGGGGUGUAUGGGCUGACGCAGAGUCCAAUCUUGAAGGAGGUGCUGGCAAGAUAGGCGAAGUAACGGAGAGUUACUAGUAUUGUGUGGGUUCAUGUGUAUACGAUAGAUUGUCUAGACGAUUCGUCUAUGUUUUUUUGUCUUCUGGGAGUUUCAGCAGUUACUUGCCGUCUAA